UGUGGACCGUCCUUAACUGUUUUCAUGCCUAUUUUAAUGCAAGGUAGUAAUGCUACUGUGAUUAACAUGCGUUUCGUUAAACAUGUGUUUGUAAGAACACAUACACUGAUACAAAAAGUCUCCUCAAAGGUAGGAAUGUACAACACUGAUGUGGACACGCCUCCUUCCCAACAAAACAUGUCACUGCCAGUAAAUCUCAUCAUCCAAGCACAUGCACGCAUAUAAAGGACUUUACCCGUCGCUGUCCACCGUUGGAGAUUACAUGUGUGCUCGGAUGCCAUGGGACUCGUUUGGGAAGUCGCUGUAACUUCACUUUGUGUUUUGCUCGCCUGCGUACAUUUAGUGGAGUUGCGCGCAGGGGCGACCAGGGAUGUCAGAUCCACUCAGCCACAACUGGAAGUCACAGACUUUCACGUGAAGAGUACAGUGGUGUCCAGAUACGCGCGCACCACCGUCAUCAGCACGGUGUUUAACCGGCUGCCACAGGCCACAGACGCUACCUUUGAAGUGGACCUGCCAUCCACAGCCUUCAUAUCCAACUUUACCAUCACCUCCGGUGGAAAGGAAUAUGUGUCUCAGGUCAAGCAAAAACAGGCGGCCAAACAAAUCUACGAUGAAGCCAAGAAGAAAGGGAAAACGGCUGGACUGGUGGAGUCGAGGAAGGAGGUCCCUGGCAAAUUCAGCAUUGAUGUCAGCGUGGCCCCAGGCGAGCGUCUCUCCUUCAAGCUCUCCUUUGAGCAGCUGCUCGUGCGGAGACUGGGCCGCUACGAGCUGGCCCUGGGCCUGAGACCGACCCAGCCGGUCCCGAACCUCACAGUGGAAGUGUCCAUCACUGAGCGCACUGGGAUCAGUUUUGUACGAGUGCUGCCUCUCAGGACCGGCCAGCACCUGUCCAAUACCCUGGGAGCAGAAACUGGAUCCCCUUCCUCCACACUGGUGGAGCAGUGGUCGCAACAGAGAGCCCAAGUGCUCUACAGCCCCACCCUGGAGCAACAGACCAGCUCCUCACCCAAGGGCCUCGAUGCAGACUUUGUCAUCGAGUAUGACGUCAUUCUCACCGAUCUGAUUGGAGAUGUGCAGGUGUAUGAUGGGUACUUCGUGCACUACUUUGCUCCCCGAGAACUGCCAGUCGUGCCGAAGGAGGUGAUCUUCGUCAUCGAUGUAAGCGGCUCGAUGGCCGGGGGCAAACUAGAGCAGACUAAAGAGGCCAUGGAUGCCAUCCUGGGCGACCUGCGGAGCCACGACCACUUCAACAUCAUCACCUUCUCCUCGUCCGUGCACCCCUGGAAACACAACGCCACGGUUCCAGCCACAGCGGACAACAUCCGGCAAGCCAGAGCUUUUGCAAAGAAGAUACAGGUCCGGGGAUCCACAGACAUCAACGCUGCCCUUGUGAAAGCGGGGACGCUCCUGCGCAACUCCUCCUCUCAGUGGGGUGUGCGUGGGGUCCCCAUGGUGAUCUUCCUCACCGAUGGAGCGGCCAAUCACGGCGUGACCCAUAGGGAGACGAUGCGGGGGAACGUGAGGGAGGCGCUGGGGUCCGCCGCACUGUUUGGGCUGGCUUUCGGCCGCGACGCCGACUACGACCUGCUCCGACAGCUCUCUCUGGAGAACAGGGGUGUGGCUCGGAGGGUGUAUUCGGAUUCUAAAGCGAACCUCCAGCUUAAAGGCUUCUACGAUGAGGUUGCCAACCCGCUUCUCUCCGACGUCCAGCUGAGCUACAGCGACGACCAGGCCUUCGACGUGACCCGCUCCCUCUUCCCCAAUUACUUCCAAGGGUCCGAGCUGGUGGUGGCAGGCAGGGUGCAUCCUGGGGCACGCGACCUUGGCGUGACUCUGAACGCCUUUGACACCAAGAAGCACCUGACUGUGGAAAACAACAUCCCACUCUCUGGGGAAAGCUCCCCGGACCAGGAAGAAAUAUCCGGGUUUGUGCGUCGUCUGUGGGCGUACUUCACCAUUAAAGAGCUGCUUCUGACCGCAGAGAACGCCAGCGACCCCUCCACUCGCGCCCUCCUGGAGCAGAACGCCACCCGCCUCUCUUUGAAGUAUAACUUUGUCACGCCGGUCACCUCACUGGUGGUGGUCAAGCCUGACCUGGAGGAGGUGCCAACGGAGGAGAAGCCAUCUCCUGACCCUACUGACAAGAAAGCCAAGAACAUUCCCCAAAGAGGUCAUUCCAGAAAGGCCUUUGCCUCCUCAGCGGAUGGCGACCCCCAUUUCCAGGUGCACCUGCCAAAGCUGGAGAAGAACUUAUGUUUCACCAUCGACGGCCAUGCAAGCGAUGUGCUACGCCUGCUGGAAGACGCUGAAAACGGCAUUACCGUGGACGGCCGUCUGAUGUGGGCUCCUCCUGAGGUUGGCCACGAGGACCAGGAGCGCACUUACUUUGACCAGAUUGUCGUGUCCAGGGGUGGACCCGAGGCUGUGGUAGUCACGUUGACGCUGGAUUCGGUCAACAUCUCCCAGCCGGGACGGCCAGACAGAACCCUCCUCACCGGCGCCGUGGGCUCCGUCCGCGGCCCAGAUCUACAGGUCUCCAUCGACGAGCAGUUCCGGUGCUGGGUGGAGCUGGGGCAGGGUGUGAGCUUCCUGGUUCUCUUUCAUCAUUACCAACACCCCGAUUACAUGCAGCUGGAUCAUCUGGGCUUCUACAUCGCCAAGGGUGACGGCCUCUCUGUGGGGACUCAAGGUCUGCUAGGCCAGUUCCAACAUGCUGAUAUUAAGAUCACGGAGGAGACGGGAGGCCUGGGCACAGGUCUCAGACACAGGGGGCACAGGAGGGACAGCGCCACAGACGCUAGCACUCUGACCUUUGGGAUGCUGCAGAGAGGCACCGCACAGGUUCCUGUGACCCUGAGGAGGAAGAUGAUGAAGGACACGGUGAGGAAACGCCACACGGGUCUCUGCUGGGAAGUGGGCAAAGACGACGUGGAGAAGAUUCUUGCCAAGCCCUAUCGGGCUUACAUACGAGACACUGACGUCCUGUCUCAUCACUCCACAAACUAAGCAUGCUUGUGUGUGUGUGUGCCAAUUUAAGUCGACGACACACUCUUUUUACACGGUGCAUUGUUGGUCAAACACCAAUAUCACUCUUCAGUGGACCUAAGAAUAAGUGUGGAGAAGGGGGCACAGUAAGGAUACUGUACAUUAGGUUUAUAGAGAGCUUAACACUCUUGCACACUUAAACUAAGUGCCUGAAUGCAAACAUACAGUUGCGGAAGAGGAUUGUGAAAUGGUCACCCCAAAACCCAGAAAUCAUCCCAGGACGUGCAGUUCUACAGUUUACCCCGACUGCCAUUUAAAAUUGUCACUUGAGUUCCUUAUUACAUCAUCAAAUAGAACCUUCAGUUAGCAACAUUCCAAUCACACUAAGAACGAGAACAGAACUGAGGAGUGAGAGAACUCAACUGUGCUUAUUAUGGAUUACAAUAGUGUGUUCUCAUAGCUUGGUACCCUCAGAGAUACAAAGGGUCUGACUUCUAAAGGUGUCUAAAGGUCAAAGAUAUAAAUUGUGAUUAUAAACUAAUGCCUUGUAUAAAGUAGGAGAGAGAUUUUAUUAUAACUGGUUGUGUAACUCGAGACUUUACAUUUCACACGUAAGCAAACUGUAAUCAAAAGCACAUACAGCUGAAAUAAAUGAACAAUACAUGAAUAAAUACAGAACCAUAA